GUGCAGACAUAAGCAGAAAGCAGUUGAUAGUUAAUACUCGUCCAAAACACACACGGUGCGCAUCAAAAGGCUUACAAAUAAGAUACUAAUUAAAAGACAGUGUGAAGGAGUUAACACUCUCACGACAGAAGGAUGCGUGGACAUGGAGGCAUGGGAUUCAGGCCCGCACCAAGGAUGAAUAUGGCAAUGCGUCCAGCCGGCAUGAGAAUGGGUGGACCCGGACCUGUUAGAGUUGGUCCGAGCAUGGGCGGUCCCGGACCAGCAAGAGUUGGCAUGAAUAUGAGCGGUCCCGGACCGGCGAGAGUUGGUAUGGGUGGACCAGGUCCAGCUUACGGCGGACGUCCACCAGGCGCACCACCACCACCAGCUGGUCCGCCACCUGGCGCAGCGCCCGGUCCUGCACGUCCACCGCCCACAGCUGGUCCCACACAAGUGAAUGUAAAUGUGAAUGCAGCACCGCGUCCCAUUGUAAACGAUGUGGUUGUGGUUGGUGGUGGUGCACCGCUACUUCCAGCAGCUGGCUUGAUGUUGGGCGCAUCAAUGGUUGCUGGUGCAACAAUGGGUGCAAUGGCAGCGUCGGCGAUGAGUGGACCGAGAGAAGUUAUUGUAAAUGCAGCGCCGCCACAACCAUCGACGAUCAUUGUGAAUACACCCGGUGUACAACAGCCGCAGGGCAAUUCGACAGUUGUGGUGAAUUCAGCAUCGGCAAUGCCACCCAGUUAUAAUACGGGUGUACAACAACCGCAGGGCAAUUCGACAGUUGUGGUGAAUUCAGCAUCGGCAAUGCCACCCAGUUAUAAUUCGGUAGUUAGCUCCGGUAUGGGUGGUGUAGCGCCCUCAACUACAGUCGUGAUGGAAGGUGGUGGUGGUGGUCAGCGAAUGCAGCAACCACCGACGACGGUAGUGCUUGAGAAUAAUGGUAUGAGACCGCAGCCAACUACCGUCGUAACAGAGACGGUGGUCAUACCACCGAAGCCGAGCAGUUGCUGCUGUGUGGUCUUAUGAUAUCCAGACAACGCAAAAUCGAUAGCAUUAAGAUAGAAUUGUGAAGAGAACUUAUUUAAUUAUAAUGUGUAAAUAUUUAUAGAUUUAAAUAAAAACUUAAAUUUGCGUAUGGUCUUUAGACUAAAUACGUUAUGUAGCUAGAAAAUAUU